AACCUUAUUGAGCAAACCAGUCAACCGGACCGGACCUUCACUUCGCCGCUGUUGCUGCUCUUUUGGACCCACUGCCAUACUAAUACGCUGUCUUCCUCACUUCCAGCAUCUGUGUUUGUGUUUCUUUUUCGGUUGCUGAAGCAGGGAUUGGAUCUAGCUAUAGCUAGCUCACAAUACAUACUAAUGGGCUGCUGUUCCAGUUCGCCGCAUGAGCGGCGACGGUACUUGGAUCCGGCCGAUUUGGACGAAGAAUAUGUUGACAUUCUCCCAGACCCCAACACUCCUCUCCGAUUGCGUACCUUUGGGCGGUACCGUCCCAACCAAGUGUUUGUCCCCGACGACAUUGACGGUCUCCCUUCGUCUCGCAUUGUGGACAAAUUGGCCACCCCUCCCGACACUCUGUUGUACACGGCAGAAAUGGACAAUGGCAAGGCAUGGAGCUGUGUGCGACCGUGUUGGUUGUUCACGCCGAUGUGGCCCAUGCUCAUUUUUCAAAUCCUGUUGACAAACGGCUGCAAGAUUCAUUUCGACGAAAUUUGUUGUUGGGUUCGCAAGGAGUACAGCUCUCGCACAUAUUAUCGUGUCUAUCCGAAUCGCAUCGAAAUCAACAGCCCAUAUGGCCGUGCCUUUGGCAUGUUGGGCUGUGGUUCCUGGAAUGCCGAUCAGGUCUUCAGUCAUCCGUUUGAUCGAGGUGCCUUUGGGUUUCGUCGUGUCCCACGAGGAGUCCUGUCAUUGGUGUGUUGUGUCUUUCCUCUGUUUGGAGAUGUCGUGGCACGGCAACGCUGUCAAUGCAAUGGACCUCUUUGGUAUUCCUGCACGGAUGGAUGGUGGUGUGACGAAUGGCCUUGUGACAUGAUGUGUUGUACAUAUCGCUAUAAAGGACUCGCCGAUGGAGAUGAAGCCGCCAUGGCUUCCAACUUAGCCUUGCAGGCGUAUUUUGAAGGACGCUCUCUCACACCAGCACAAAUGGAACAGUGUUUGCAGUACUGGAGAGGUCAUGUCUCAGAAAUGGGGGAUCCCGUACAUCGCAAACGACCUGUGCUCUGCCAAGACACCUGCUCAGUACCCUCCUGUAUUCCUUCGGAAAAGAUAUACCAGACUAUCUGCCAAUGUCCACGGAAAAUCCCUCCCCACUACGAACCCACACCCGAACUCCAACAAGUAUAUGACCAGUACGAAACUCAACGACAACGACAAAUCAAACGCUAUAAAGAAUUCAAGGAACCAGUACGAUUAUCGACCUGGUGUCGCAAAUUGGCCUGUCAACGCUGCUUUGGACGCAAAGGAGUCGUCUUUUGUACCGAAGGAUGUUGUUGUGAAGAUGACAACACGCACAGAACUAUGGGACGCUGCUAUAGCAACCUCAAACAACAAGCACCACAACAAGACGACAAUCCUCCCUUUGCACCCUACAGUCACGCUGAUUGGGACGAUGACCACAAUGCCGCCACCAUACUCGAACGGGUGCUGGGAAAUCCGCCAUCAAAUGUCGUCUACCGAAAAUGGCAGUAUGAUCCAGACACAAAACAACACAUCAUGGUACAGUCGCCCGCCAUUGUGGUAGCAACAAACAGCAGCAAUGACACUACUAAUGGACAUCAUUGCAACCAUGACGAACCAAUGGUUCUUAUCAAUGGACAUCCAGAGAACAAGAUUCACCGUCGACGCAAGCAACAAGAUCAAGUUUAUCACCAACAAAACGAAAACAGUUUCGAAGUGGUGGUUGACACAUUCGACGAUGCAGCCGACGGAGCAGCAAUUAGCAGUUCCACCAAUAGCAGUACUGAGCAUGGAUCCCAUCCCCCGAGUCACGCUCCAUGCACUCUACUCAAGGGAGAUUUUUGAAUGAGUUUGACAAUUGAUUCACGCGGUCGCCCUUGAUUUGGUGAAAGAGUCAUCGAGACGGAUGGAACAAGUUCACGACAGGCAGGCACAAUAGAAACUCACAGGUCUCACAAAGAAGCUACAGAAUCGAUUCAUCCCCCACCCAUGCGGCUCCUCGGCAAGCCACAGGCAAGUUCAUUCCGUGACAAGACGUUCCAACAGAGCAGUCUGUUGCUGUGUGCACACUGUGGUGCAAAUGGUAACUCUUGAGUAUGUAGAGACUCUUGCUGGAGUCAACGAUCUGCUCGCUAGCCAGCCAACCAAGGAAAGCGAGACAAGAAAGAGGGCAACUAUGGAAGCAGCGGCUGAGUUACUUGCUGUUUGACCUAGUUCUGAUGGAUUCUUUGGACACCAUGGCGACUCUCAGACUGGAGUAUAAGUUAUACAGGGAAGCCCAACCCAGCGGUAAUAUCCUACGAAUGAUCCUGACUCGAACAUUGCCAAAAUGCAAGAAACGAUCCUUCACCAUCAGCCCUUCAAUGGACUGUUUGUGGCACCUGGUGCAGUGGCAUCAUUUGGUUGCUCAAUUUUCCAGAAAUGCUUUGAAAAUAGGGUGCAGUUUGUAGCCGUUGUGUCGAUACGACCCAACAUAUUUAAGCAACUUGACAACUUGGUCUUCAAAGGGUAGUCCUUCCUCCCAGCCAUCUGGUGUUGUUGUCCAAAAGCCCUCAAGCUCCCAUAGUGUCAGAUCUGGUGCUGUCAUGUUACUCCUGUCAAAACGGUGCAGAUCAAAGAUGAGCUGUCCCAAGCCGUACCAAUCGUCAACUUUUUUAAUUUCAUUUCCUUCUUCGCCAAUUCGUCUA